AUGAAACAAAUUGAAGAUAGACCAAUAUCGGUCAUAGAUCAUUUUGAUCGAUUUACGAUCGUAUUUGAUAUUUCAAUUUCAAUUAUUGGUGGUCUUAUUGUUCAUCAAUUAAUACCAAUGUUGAAAGAAAAAUUUAUUAAAGCACAAUUAUGGGGUUAUGAUUUAAAUAAACGAAAUUCAAGAGAAGUUAAAGUUGCGGAAUCUCAAGGCGUAAUAGCAGCUGGUAUCUUUCUCGUGUUAAUGUUCAUUAUGAUUGCUGUUGUUUUCGCUGAACAUUUACAUCCAGAAGGUGUAUUUCCAAAUCAUAAAUUUGUUGAAUAUUUAGCUGCACUACUUUCAAUAUGUUGUAUGGUAUUACUUGGUUUUGCUGAUGAUGUACUUGAUUUACGUUGGAGUGUUAAAUUAUUAUUACCAUUGUUUGCAUCAUUACCAUUAUUACUCGUUUAUUUUGCUAAUUAUCAUUCAACUACAAUUAUUCUACCUAAACCAGUGAGACCAUAUUUAGGUCAACAAUGGAAUCUUGGAAUUUUAUAUUACGUAUAUAUGAGUAUGGUAGCUGUAUUUUGUACAAAUGCAAUUAAUAUAUUAGCCGGUGUUAAUGGACUUGAAGUUGGUCAAUCGAUUGUUAUUGCUUGUUCAAUAUUGGUUUUUAAUCUAAUUGAAUUACAAGGUGCGAAUUCUGAAGAACAUUUAUUUUCAUUAUAUUUUAUGAUUCCAUUUAUUGCUUGUACAAUACCGGUUUUAAUACGAAAUUGGUGUCCAGCAGAAAUAUUUGUUGGUGAUACACUUUGCUAUUUUGCUGGUAUGACAUUUGCCGUUGUGGGUAUUAUUGGUCAUUUUAGCAAGACGAUGUUACUUUUUUUUAUACCACAAAUUAUUAAUUUUCUACUUUCGGUACCACAAUUAUUUAAAUUUAUUCCAUGUCCACGACAUCGUUUACCUAGAUUGGAUCCAGACGUAAAUAAAUUGAACCCAUCGAUAGUUGAAUUCAAGAAAAAAGAUUUGAAACUACUUGGUUGGUUAAUGUUACGAUUUUUUUCAAUAACAAAAUUUAUUCGUUAUCGUGAAUUUACCAAUAAUGAUAAUGAAAUUAUGAUUUCAACAACAAAUUUUACUAUUAUUAAUACAGUUCUUUGUUGGUGUGGACCAUUACAUGAAGAAACACUUUCUCGAAUCUUAAUGUUAAUACAAAUUGUAUUUGGAAGUUUAUUAACAUUUUUUAUCCGUUAUUAUUUGGUGACAUUCUUUUAUGAUUCAUAA